AUGUUCAGUCUAUGGUUCAUGAAUUAGCUUCUCGUAACGUGCUACAGUUUUCUUUAAUUUGUUUGGAAAUAAACAUUAAAACGUGAUUAAUUUGAUUUGUUUGCAAUUAUAUAAAUAACGCAAAAUUUCAAAAAUGAUUCUACGAUCAAGUAAAUGUGGUGCAAAUCUAGUGCAACGUUUUUGAUAUCACCCAUUCCUCGCUCAGCGAAGUGACGCCAUUUUACGGGAAUGAUCAGCCCGCGGCUGCUUCAUAAUAAGCCUGAUGUAAGGAUUGUUCUGCUCAAACGAAUGCAUGGAAACAAAUCUUUAUUACUGUACUCGUACUGGACGUACGAUUUCAGAGAAAACUAUGGAAGAUGGUAACGUUAUCAACAACGAUGAUGAUCAUUUCGCGGCAUUGGCUCAGUUGUACAGCGACCGGGUCGCGAAGCUCGCCACGAACGGGCACGACGGGGAGGCGUCGAGCCCGCCCGCGCCCGAGGCGCGCCGGCCCGGCGGCGACGAGCGCGACGACAAGCUCCGCAAGCGCAUCAACCCGCUCAGGAUACACCUUGGCAAGAGACCUUUUGUUGACAAUUCUAUCCAGUACCACAAUUCGUGCAAGAAGAAAAAACCCUAUGUGACCAACAAAAGCAAUGAUACCAACUCAGCCAAUGCAGUGCCUAGAGUUCCCAAACUGAUACCCAAGUUUCACAAUGCUCCCCCGCAUGUUAGUAGCGCUGUGUUGGACAGUGAAGAAGAUAAACCUGUGCCCAGGCUUGUGCCAAAAAGCCAACUACUCCAAUAUAAAAAGGGUAAGGUUGAAAAGGGUCCCCAGUUGAAGGAAUAUGCCCAGAGUCUCGGUCUGCAACCGAUGGUGAAAUUUAAGUGUCGUAAAUGUUGCUCAAUGACAUUUAAAACUUUGGCUAUGCUCAAAGAACAUCAAUUAGUGUGUCGAGCGCAAGCUAAAGAACCGGCAUUAAGCCCAGAGGCAGCUCCGAGCGUGGAGAACAACACAGGGGGACCAUCACGAGUGACGAGGAAGGUGUAUCUGUGCUCAGCGUGUGGAACCUACUAUGAAAACUGGAAUCUCUUUCUCCACAUGAGAGAAGUCCAUAACAGGCAUAUCUGUUUGUUUUGCCUAGGAAUGUUUUCUAAAGCAGAAAAGUUAUCAUCGCACUUGGCUAAUAAACAUAAUGUUCAAGAGAUUAGUUAUGACAGUAAAGAAGAAUUUUACCAAGUUUAUAAUGGGACUUUAUAUUUAAUGUGCUGUGUUUGUGAUGAGAUCUGUGAUGAGCAGGAAGACUUUUUCAAUCAUGACUGUAGUAAAGUAAAGCCUAGACCUGUGCCUGUGCUUGUUAGUAAAUUACCUGCAAAGACAAAUAAUGUUAAAAAUAUUAAAAAUUGUAGUGAGAUUACAACGAAUGGGCCUUCAGCGCUGAAGGAACCGACUAGAUCAUUGUGUGACAAAAAAGAAAUUAAUGAGCCUAAAUUAGAGACAGUGACAUCACAAACUCUUAAAAUAAAUGUGACAGAAAGUGAACCAGUAAAUAGUGACACUAGUGUAAGUUCAGAUAACUCCACAGAAACAAACAAAGACACCAGUAAUACAAUAGACUCAGGAAUGGAGUUGGACACCUCUAACGGUAAACAAUUAGUUAGUCCCUUAGAAGAAGAGGCUUUUAGUCCAGUCAAUGAACACCCAAUACCCAACGGUGAUGACAGUGUAGAAUCAGAUGAAAGUGAUUCCCCAAUUCCUGAUGAAAAUAAUUCACCUUUAUCUGCACCAUCACCAAUGAAUAUUGCAGAACCAGCUGGUACACGUGUAGAAAAAGAAAAAGAAUGUGGCAUCAAGUUGAAAUUGAGUUUGAACAAAGCCAACUCUCCUGUCAUUAUUAAUUCUACUGUGGAUCCCACUAUUGGGCAGCAAAACUUAUACAAACCUCCCAGCAGGCUACGAAGACCACCAAAGCGGUAUGAAAAGGAUGCACCAAAGGAACUUGCACCACAAUUGCCAGUUCAGCUACCAAAAACACCAUCGAUUAAAAUGACUAUUUGUGACAAAGCUGACAGUCCAUUUGUAAAAACUACAAUUUAUGAGAACAAUAAAGAGACAACAUUAAAGACACUUCUAAAUAACAAUUUAGAAUCAGUUAUGAAGACACCAGAAUAUAACCCUGAUAAUGAAUAUAAACCAGAGAAUGAGUAUAAACCACCACCAGAGAGUGAAUACAAACCAGAAAAUGAGUAUAGACCAGAAAAUGAAUACAGACCUGAAAACACAAUGAAAACAACAAUUUAUGAUAACAGUAUAGAAGAUGUGAAUACUUUGAAUAGGGUACCUAAGUUGACUGUGAGGCUUCCUAAGGAACUUUUAGAUAAAGAUUCAUCCAGUGAUUACUCCUCAGAUAGUGAUGUUAGUGACAAGUUGACUGUUGAUGAGAAUAAUAUUACAAUAGAUGAAGAAAAGAAGAGCCUUCAGGAGGCAGAGCUGCCGCCACAGGAGCCGGAGCAGCCCAUGGAGGUAGCACAAGACGAGCCACAUGUAGAGGUGGAGGAUAAACCCGACUUGCCUGAAGACAAUGUGAUUGCCAAAACAGAACCUAAGACUGAAGCUGAGGAACUGGACACUACUGUUGAACCCAAAAUUGAAGAACCAGAAAUACCUGUCACAGAAUUAUCACUAGACAAACCUUUAGAUAAGUACCCUUUGAAGGAUCUGUUGAAAGUAUUUUUGGCAUCUACAGCAUAUAAUUGUAUUUAUUGUAAUCAUGCCCGUAAGAUAGCUGUAAAUUGUGAACAUUUGUCCUUGCAUAUGGUUGCACAGCAUCGAUUUGCUGCAACUGUGGACAGCAUCACAGCAGAAGAACUAAUGCCAGAGACUAUUACUGCUAAGCUAAAGGCUGGCGCUAUAGAGUUAAACUCUGUGUUUAUUAAUCUUAAUUCCUAUGAUAGUGUUGAUAAAUGUGAAGAUGCGCAGUAUGACCAUCUGUUUGAAUGUUUUCAAUGUUACUUCAAAACUGCUAUUCAUAAAGAUCUCUAUUUACACAACCGUAAAAUGCAUCAAAAAACUAUUUUAUUAUGUGUAAUGUGUAAAUCUAAUUUCUAUAGUUAUAGUGAAUUAUUGUGUCAUUUGUGUCCUGGAACAUAUGAUUCUGAGUAUGAAAUUAAGUUUAGAUGCUGUUUGUGCAAUGUAGACUCAAUACCAUCUUCAUUUAGGUUAAUGGUCCACCUUAGAAAAAUGCACCACACAUGUGAUGUUUGUUUAGAAUUUUGUCAUAGUCAAGCACGACUGUCAAACCAUGUUUGGAAACAUAAAUUGCAUCAUUUGUGUUAUCGAUGCGGUAUUGCUUAUAGAAACAAACUUGACAUAAACAACCACCUUUUUUGGAAACAUGGCACUGAAAGUGUUCUCUGUAAAAAAUGUCUUCAAAAGAAAUGGCCUCAUGUCUAUCAUUUCUGUACUCCACCUGCUACAUUUGUAUGUGAAGAAUGUAGUUUACAAUUUACAAAAGCAGUCUGCUUAAAAGUUCAUAGACGAUUUCAUUCUGGAGAGUAUCCACAUGAAUGCACAGAAGAAGGUUGUACUGAAAAGUUUGUCUCGAAAAAACUGUUAGCCAAACACAUUGAUGAGCACAGGAAGAAACUUAUUACAGAGGAUUUAAAUGAAGAAAAGCCAUCUCUUUCUGACGAAAAACCACUGGAAGAAUCCAAAGAAGCUAUUCCAGUUAUAGAUUUGAUUGAUGACAAACCAAAAGAUGAUGCAGCUGUAUCGGAAGUAAAUGCGGAAGCAGGAACUGAAAAUCUAUCAAAAAAAGGAAAGAAAAAGAAAUCAAAAGAAAAAGAUGCGUUACUUUUAGACGUCAAUUUGCCAGCAUUAGAUCUAUCUGAAAGUGACAGUAGUGACGAAUCUGAUAGCGGUUUGCCACCGCCUAAAAAAGAAGAAGCUACUAGUGACAUAAAACAAGAAGAGUUAACAGCAUCAGGUGAAAAUGUAGAUAAUACAGAUGGACUUCUUCCGAAAACAGAACAAAAAUCUGAACCUGCAGAAGAAGACAAACCAAACGAGCAACAAGUUUUAGAUAUUUGGGAUAACUUCAAGAAAUACCAAGCUAAGGUGGAGAAACAAAAAGAGAAAACACCACCAUUAGUUCCAAUCCGAAAACAUGUCUGUGAAUCAGACCAUGACUACUGCUUGAUCCCUACAGAUUUAAAUGGAGAUGAAGAUACAUUUAGCAUAGAUAAAAAGAAAAACAAAAAAUCACCAAAGAAAAAGCAUGGUGACUUGUCGUCUUCGAGUAGUAGUAGUAGUGACAGUGAUUCCAGUUGUUCCUGUGGAUCAAAUUGUAGUUGCUCCUCCAGUAGUGGAUCUUCAUCAUCUAGCUCAUCAGACUCAGAUUCUUCUGACGAUUCACUAAAGGAUCCUAGUAAUGAAAGAAAAAAGAAAAAACAGUUAAGAAAAAUGUUGCCCAACAGAAGAAUAAGCAAUGGUUCAAAUGUUGAUGUCAUGGGUAUGUCUGAGACCCCUAUUCUAAUCCCAGAGAAGGUGGAACCUCCUAUUGCUGAAACAGACUUAGAAACAGACGAAAGUGAAACGGAUGAAGAAUUUUAUGACCAACAUCCUCAACAAAUAGCAAAUAAAUUACAUGCAGAAAAACGUAAUCAGCUAAUGCUGCUAGCGACUGUUGCGCCGUCAGAAGGCGGUUCUGUAUCGGGAGAAGCCAGUCGUCCAAACACUCCUCCUCCUGUCAAGGAAGAAGAACCUAAGAUAGAAAUUGUUGAGAAAGAAAAACCAAGCAGCAGUAAGAAGAAAAGCAAAAAGAAGAAGAAAUCCAAGAGUUCGAAAAGACAUGGUCCAAUUAAACUUAACAUUCCUAAAGAUAUUAUUGCCAAGGUUGAGCCAGAAAUUCCUCCACCACCUUUAGUUCCCAAUAAAAUUACCAUAUCUUUACAUUCUAACACAGUGCAAAUGCCAGAAAUACCAACUGCAUCAACAGCACCGGCUACCAUAACAAAUACUCCGACUACAUCUGCUGAAAGUAAGAGAGCUUCUAAAAGGCGAAGAGUGCGCAAUAAGUUUUAUGGAUACUCCAGUGAUGAAGAAUCACCUUCACCAGCAAUGGCUGCACUGAAACCACAACUCCCACCAAAGCUAGAGUGGAGGAAAGAAGAUUUACCAUCUCCCGUCACUCAUAAAGCAAAGAGAGAAAUACCAUCUACAGUCAUACCGCAAAGAUUGUAUAAUUAUUCUGAACCAAUCAGGCUAACUACUCCAAUCCCUGAUCCUGAACCGCCUCGUAUUCUAAUGAAUUCAGAGUCUAUGGAGUCGAGCGAUUCUGACUCUAGUGAAGGCAAUUUAGAAAUAUAUCAACCACAAACUCCGCAAAGCAGCGCACCAAUUCCACCUCCGACUUAUUUGAAUUCAGGAACUUCGAGCUUACCUUACGCUUUCCAAAGACCCGCUGUGCGGCAGGCUCGCGAAGGGGAGAGCGUCUACUGUUAUUGCCGCUGCCCGUAUGACGAGGUGUCUGAAAUGAUUGCUUGUGAUGCGGAAGGCUGUCCAAUAGAAUGGUUUCAUUUCGAGUGUGUUGGUAUUAUGGUACCACCUAAAGGAAAAUGGUACUGCCCUGAGUGUAGGAAAAAUCAAAGUUUUUCAGGUUACAGAUAAGUCUAAUUGAAAAUAACGUGUAUGUAAAUAUCUUGGCUGUAUUGUUAUCUGUAUAUAACUUAUUGAUGAUUGUAGAUAUAAUAGCUUUACAUGUAUAUCUUUGUAGGUAGUUUGUGUAAGAUUUAGGCUAGUAGGUCUGAAGAAAUGUAUCAUUGUUAUAAAAAGUACAUGUUAUGCUUCGUACCGGCUGUUUGGCCAAUUCUGUAACCUGGCAAAUUGUUACAACAUUAACCUACUACAGCAAAACGGAAAUAUAAAUCCGAUUUUUGAUACCA